AUGAAGAAGAGUGCUGAUGCUGAGUAUGACUUCUUGGAUUUCUGGGAAGCCAAUCAAAAGUUCUUUGCUAUGAAGCAAGGAACAACCAAAAACUUGAUGCAUUUCAAGGAACGAUUCUUGAGACAGGCUGAAGUCCUGCAAGAUCUAUAUGGCGAUGCCUGGUUCCGAAAUUUUGCAGUCAAGACCAAGUUGUAUGCUGCUAUGAUGGACAUCUUCAUCGACGCCUUGGUCGACCAAGAGGAAUUGCUGUGGCUCAACUGGUGCCGCAAAUGCAUCCAAGUCACCACCCUCUCGGAACUCACCACCGCCGACGCGACAACUGGCCCCAAACCCGACGCCCUGGCCCCUCUCAUUGGGACCUAUGGCGACGCGUCCUCUCCCAAGCCGUUCUCCGCCCCUACAGCCGCCGUCGCUGAUUGUUGCAGCCCCUCAGACCGUGAUCUGAUUCGCUGGACCGAUGGACCUGGCGCCUCUCUCGCACCUCUUCAAUCCUCUUCCAUUGGACGGCCCCCAACUUGUCAAUCUACCAACCCAUCAACUCGCGUUCUCAUAAGACCUUCCGCAGGGAUCUUCACACACACCUGGACGGGACCCCUUUCCGGGGACGUCCAAAGGGCAUCAGUCAACCUUCACCCACGGACAUCCUACGUAACUGUCAAGGGCAUCAGUCAACCUUCACCCACGGACAUCCUACGUAACUGUCACGGGCACAGCACCGGUAGAUCCACCAGAUCCGGAGUCCUUGCCGGCCUCGAUCCUUCACAUCUGGAGGGAAUUGCAGCUGACAUGGACGACGAUUGGGGAUGGGUCCCGGAAUACCUCUACAUUGAGGGUGAUAUAUUCCGAAAAAACAAAUACAAAAACAACACGCAUAUCCGGGUCCUCAAAACAUCACUUUCGGUACUUCGCCUUCACGAUUUUUCUGUAGCGAAACGAAACUCACUCCUCCUUUUUGCAUCAAAACUGACAAUGGGAAAGUCGAAGAAUAACAAGAAAGUGGCAAUCGCUGCUAAAGCUGUUAAUUCUACUGCUCUUACUCAGGGUCGCAUCAGUUUUUUGCAAAAAAGCCGAGUCGAAACCGCCAAAAUUCGAUCAAAAAAGGAAUCUGACGAUUUGGACCCUCCGAUCCACAACAACAACAGCGACAUCAAUAUGGAAGAGGUCGAGCAUCCACUGAAGUACGAUCGCAUCGUUCCGAACAUCGAUUCGUCUCAGUGGAACCUGCAGACCCUUGCCUAUUUAUGCACAAUUCACCGUGCUUGUGGUCAACGCAACAAUAAAAAAGAAGUGGUCUUUGGAAAUGAGCUGUUCUUGGCAUGGGAGAACGAGCCCGAUUUCCACUGGCCUUGGUGUGAAGGGUACUUGGAAAACUUCGUCGAUCCUCCGGCGACUGAAUCCUGGGAGGCGGCUGCCGAAAAACUCCUACAGAUUUGUGAUGGGGACUGGAACUUGGUCGAGCAACGCAUUCGAGCGGCUCUCGACCAAGACAUCAAGGACGAAUUUAUUGGGAACGAUCGUGAGCUAGUGGUAUAUGUAAGAGGAUUAAUUCUCGGUCUGGCGGUCCAGGAUCCUUUGGUGAUUUUUCCUUUGGACGAGCAGUUGGAGGACACUACGUUUACCACGGAGGUUGAGCCCCGUUUACUAUUGGAAUUACGCCCUCUGGCCAAAGUAUGGGCCAUUGCGGUUGAACUUCUAGGGCACCCGUGGACCGACCCCGAAACGACAACGGUGGUAACGGAAUUAUCUGAGCGUCGCUCAGCCGCCAAGGGCAGAAAACGUGAGCGCGACCUGGACCCAUCAACUGCAAGGAAACUGGCUCCUAUUGACCCUCGCUCUCCUGCACGCGGCUUUUUUCUGGAGGCCACCCCACAACCAGUUCGCGACUCUAUUGCCCCUGAUAAGGAGGAUGCAGUGAUGGUGGACACAACAGGUCCAUCGGUAAUUAGCCCCACGAACAAACCAGUCAACGGCGAGUUUGCUUAUUGGUCUGACAACGAUGGGUCGGAGUCCGGUGAGUCGGCUCCUGACUUUUCGGCACCAUCUAAUUCAGACCACCCUCCUACGGAAGUGGUUGUCGGCAAUUCACCUGCCCCAGCCCAGCGGGCCAACGACCCCUCGGCAACGGUGCUAGUCGACUCUCACUUGUCCGAACCGUCUCCGCCCAAACCUUCCCAACUACCAGCUCCUCCUUAUAAUAACUGA